AUGGCCAAGCUGGCCAUCCACGGGCCAUGGCGGCGGGCGGCCGAGAUUUCCGGCAGGUCCGCCUGCCUGCCCAUCUUCCGUGCUCGCGUCUGCGCGCGGGCGUCCUUGGAGAGGGAGCGCGCGGUCUUCUGUACCCGAAACUGCACGGAGCAUGGGUGGAGUAACUUAAUGCCUAACUUCCGGGAGGUUUGUGUAUACCUGGACAACUCUUCAAAACCUGAAAAGAAUUCCUCCCUUCUGACUCUGAAACAAGUGUACACAGCCGGAUAUGCAACAUCCCUGAUUGCCCUGGUUACUGCUGUUAUAAUCUUUACAGCCUUCAGGAAAUUUCACUGCACUCGGAAUUACAUCCAUAUUAACCUCUUUAUCUCCUUCAUCCUUCGAGCUACGUCAGUCUUCAUCAAGGACAUGGUCUUGUUUUCCAUGAAGGACACGAAUUCCUGUUCAUCCACGGUGACGUGUAAAGGUGCCGUUGCAUUUUUUCACUUCUGUAUCCUGGCUAACAUCUUGUGGCUUCUGGUGGAAGGGCUGUACCUGCAGACACUGCUCAGCCUCACGUUUGUGGCACACGCAAAGUACUUCUGGUGCUACUGCCUGACCGGUUGGGGUACACCGAUCGUUGUAUUGACAGCCUGGAUCUUUCUAAGGCUGUUCAUUGAUAAUGAAGGAUGUUGGGAAGAUAACAGGAACCUAUAUAUCUGGUGGGUCAUAAAAGGCGCCAUAUUGUUGGCAAUUUUUGUUAACUUCCUGAUAUUUCUGAAUAUCAUCCGUAUUCUGGUUCAGAAGCUGGGAUCAUCAGAUGUAGGAGGGAACUCACAUGGCCAUUUCUCGAGAUUGACAAAAUCAACUCUGCUUCUUAUCCCGCUCUUGGGUGUCCAUUAUAUUGUGUGUGUCUUCCUUCCCGACCACGUGGCAGAGGACCUGAGACUCUACAUCGAGCUUGGCUUGGGAUCCUUUCAGGGGUUUGUGGUGGCGUUACUGUACUGCUUCCUGACCACAGAGGUCCUGACGGAGCUGAAGAGGCAGCUGCGAUCGUGUUGUCCCGAGGGCUUCCCGACCAUCACCAAAAGACGGGACCGGAGCACGUCGGCGGAGAUCAGCAAUAGCUGCAGCACCCAGGUGGCGUUAUUGGAGAAACUUAGCCAGAGGGGCAAGUCAUUCGAAUACAAUGGCAGCUUUCAAACCACCUGA